GGCUAGGCUAGGCAAGGCUAGGCUAGGCUAGGCUAAGCAAGGCUAGGCAAGGCAAACUGAGACUCGCCGUUCGCGCGGCGCGUUUAGUGUUCUGCGCGCGCGCUCCCUGGACCGAGCGAGGUCUCUACCUCUUUCUCUCUCUCUCUCUCUCUCUCUCUCUCUCUCUCUCUCUCUCUCUCGCUGUGGUGCGCGCCUCGUGACACGCGGUGCUAGAAUCGUGCGUGUUCUUUUGCAUCGUCGAGAAAAAUCGGAAGAAAGAAGUGCGAAAAGAGAUAAGAGAGUAAGAGGAGUGGUCUCGCUUUAUUUAUGCGCUCCGCGAGAGUGGUGUAGGAGUAAACGAAGGAAGAAGAGAAAGAGGAACUCUGUCGGCGAAUGUAUUAUCUCCAACUUUGACCGGGGACACGUGUAAGAUCAAAUAGCAUUUUCCGUGGCGGGUAAAAUGGUAAGGGAUAAAAGUAUAGCUUUGGCAAUCAAGUUCCAGAGAUAUACAUGAAAUUCGUAUAGGAUUAGACCGACACAUCGAAACGAAGAAAGUUGAUGAAAGAGAGUAAUAAGAUUCUUUGGAUUUACCGUACAUUUUGGAAGGGACGCAUAUCGGUGUUUAAAUUAGAUCGCUACCAGUCGAUCGAAGUGAAUUGUAGUUAGUUUAUUGUCGACAGAUUGUUUACGUCGUUGCAUUGGACAUUGACGUGCUCCAUGUGCUCCAUAAGCACGUGAUACUAUUCGUCGGAGUGAUUUAAAAGAUACGGAAUUUUACCGAUUUAUGAUUUUUUCGAGAACCGCCACAGACAAUAGUUAGUGUCAGUGUACUUUCUUCCGGAAAAAAUCUCUCUCUCUCUCUCAAAAGAGAGAGAGAGAGGGAGAGAGAGAGGGAGGAUGAGAAAGAAACAGAUAAAUUAAAUAGAUAGAUAAGGUGUGUAAUCCUAUAUAAUUCUGGGACAGGCCUUCUAUGAACAAGCAGAUAACAAUAGACAGAAAGCGCACAAAAGAUAUACAUAGAAUAUAUACAAGAAAGAAAAAAAUAAUAUAAAAUAAAAAAUAAUAAGAAAGAUAAAAAUAAAAUUUAAAAGAGAGAUAGAACGCGUGCGUGCGUGCGUGCGUGCGUGCAUCGUGCACGCGCGUGAUGCAAGUCGCGCAGACUGUCGCAACUCGCGCCGGAUAAAUAAUCGCGGUGGAUCGACGUCGACUCGCGCAUCGGAAGAAAAAAAUCGUCGCGAGGGUGGGAAGACUCGCGGUGCGAGGAAGGGAACGUUGCCGCAGUGGGUACAGUGAGAGCGGAAGGAGUCAGGUGCCGGGAAACAAGCCCCGGAGACGUUAGUGCUUCACUUCCUUCUUCCUGAGUUCCGCGCGUCGCAAGACGGAACGACAGGGAAUUCUUCGUCUCGUCAAAAGGAAGUGGGAAUCUAAUCAGAACUCCAGUAGGGGAGACCGGGGCUAGUUGUUACACGGGGUGAACAAUAGCGUGUAGAAAAGAAAGAAGAAUUGAACCAUCUGAGUGCGACAUACGAGGGAGGCGAAAGAGGUAGGGAAGUCUUGGAGGUGGUUAGAUGUUAGAAGGCGCGGGGGUGGCUAAAGUGGCCCCGCCGCUGGGUACGGGUCCCGAUGCCGGUCCCCGUAUCGCAAACGCCCACAUUAACCUCCACCCUUGUACCCAAGGAGGAAUCAAACAUGCCCUUCAUAGACGACGAGCUAUUCUGGUACUCUGACAAUGACGGAAAGAUGGAUUUAACCCAGUGCCUUCAGCAGAGCAACACGGGCCAAUCGGUAGAGUUUUCUACGAUGGAGCUAAGUGCUCUGGUAGGAACUCCAACGGCAUCGAAUGUGCCGGUGGAGGAAGGUGCGGGUAUGUCCGUUGUUACAGGGGAGGAACUUUUUGAUCCCCUAGAUUUCCUACGGGAGCUCGAAGCAGAGGCCAGCCAACCCACCUCCACCACAACGCCUUCUUCCUACAAAAGACAGAGGCACAAUAUCGCUGCUGCGAAUCCUUUAUUAGCAGAAAAAUUAGCAGCGCCUUCAACGCAAGCGUCUCUAACUUCCAUCCCUUACGCCUCAAGGGCGGAAAUCAAGACGGAAAAUAUUCAACCUGAGACGAGUAAAGUGGAUACCAGGGAAGUCCAACCGCACGACCCGAGCGAGAAAGAACAGCUAGGCCUCGCAAGUGUAAAAGUGGAGCCAGGAUCCACCAGCGCGACGACUACCAGUAGCACAGGGACUCGUCUGCUCCACGGUAUCCUCUCCCAGCAUCCCCAGCAGCAUGGCCUGGGACUGCAAAACGGAUACGGCCGACACUUAGCCGGUCACGCACAGAUGGGUCAACCGCCUUAUACCACUGCCGCUAUCGCCACGACAAAUACGCCAGCAGGAAGCGGAUCACUGCCAGCGAGCCCAGCGGACAGCGGAGUCAGCGACGUCGAGUCCAGCACGUCCUCCGGCGGCAACGAGGACGCGAAUCUCUUACUGAAAGCAAGGCUCAAUCCUAAUUCGUCCCUCCAGCCGAGUCUGGCAUCUCAUCACUCCCAUCUGUCGUCGGCAGCACUCGGCAGAUCGGCCUGCCACAGCCCCGGUGUGUAUCCGGGAUCAACGGCAAGCUUCCUGUCGCCCACCUAUCAUCCUCAUCAGCAUCCUAUCACCUCCCAGUAUCAUCCACAUCGAGGGAGUUCGCCACACCAUCAGCACAGCAACCAUACUAUGGGCCCGACGAUGGGACCGCCCCACCACCACCAUCAUCAUCAAGCGCAGGGUCUCCAGCAUCACUUGCAUUACCGUCAGCCAUCCUCACUGUCCGACAGCUACAACAGUUAUAUAAACAUGUAUGGCGGAGGUGGACAGUUUGCAACCCCCUGUACCCCGAGCCCGCCGCGGGGACCCGGCGGUGUACCCACCAGCGUGAUCCAGGCGGCUACCAGUUCGGUCUCGGACGAUCUCUACCUUCUCGAGCUCGGCUUCCCGUCGCGCUCGAAGAAGAACAAGCUGAAGAAACCACGACAGGGUGGCGAGGGUGGAGCCGCAGUGAAGCGGAAGUCGCGCGAGGGUUCGACCACGUACCUGUGGGAAUUUCUGCUCAAGCUGCUGCAGGAUCACGAAUAUUGUCCACGCUACAUUAAAUGGACGAAUCGCGAACGGGGCAUCUUCAAGCUGGUCGACAGCAAGGCGGUCUCGCGACUUUGGGGCAUACACAAGAACAAGCCGGACAUGAAUUACGAGACGAUGGGCAGAGCACUGCGCUAUUACUAUCAGCGCGGCAUCUUGGCGAAGGUGGACGGUCAACGGUUAGUCUACCAGUUCGUCGAUGUGCCGAAGGACAUCGUUGAGAUCGAUUGUACGGGCGCAUGAGACAGGGAGUCGGCCCGUCCCGCGGGGCAUGAGAGGGAGAAGAGAGAAAAGAAGGAAGUAGAGCAGCACAGCGUCUCGGCGCGGGCCUCGCGCGAACGUCGACCACCGCCGUUGUCGUUAUCGUUGUCAUUGUCGUCGCUGUCGCUGUCGCUGUCGCUGAUGCGACGUCGCGGACCCGUCGUGGGGUCCUAUCCGCGCGAAAGGUCGCCGUUCAGCGGUUCUCUUUAUCGAGACGCGCCGACCUGGCACAUCCCUCAGAUGUUGUAAAGCGCGUCCUCUUUUUCUCCUUUUCUUUUUUUUUUCCCCUCUCUUUCGCUGUCUGUCUCUCCCUACCCGCUUCUCUGUCCUUUUCUAUCUCUCUCUAUUUCCAUCUUUCUCUUUGGCUUCGUUUGUUCCUUGUAUUAUACCUAUGUAAAUGUAUAUUAAGACUCUGACGAUGUCGUCAGAGGUGAUCCCGACCCAGUACUUCGUCCUUCUCCUGCGGCCCGUUUCUUUCUCGCGUAUCCGAAUACCGUAUAGGAUCGGGACAGGACGGUGCCCGACUCGUUGAAAUUUGUACAAAAUUUAGUUCUUAACGUGUCGAGAAUGGGAAAAACUAAAGAUUUUAUCUGGUGUACCUUGCGGGAGGGACACUAUGGACAAAUUACUUAAGCCGCGAAGCACCGGAAAGCGAAAAAUUGUAUAUUCGAAAGAGCGACAAAUUAUUUAUUGUAUAUUAGACAUUUAUAUAUGUUACCUAAGAAAAUUGUUACGCGCGUGAUCUGCGCAAAUGGAAAAUGUAUGGAAACGGAUGAAAGUUAUAAAAAAAAAUGAAACGAAAUGAGGGCUGUGAAAAGGAUUACGAUACGGAGAGGAGAGAAGAGAAGAAAAGAGGAGAGGAGACGAGACGAGAUGAGACGAGACGAGACGAGA